AUGCACAUCUCAUUAAUAUCCAUCCUGGUUCUCCUUAGUUGUUCAACCAUCAUUUCCCAUCCAGUACCGAAUACGAAAGAGCAAAAUGAUCAAAGCUCUCCACCAUCACGUCCAUUGCAGCAAUUUUUUAAGAAAAUUUUAAAUGUUUUACUAAGAACCACAACGCCAGAACCACCGAGAAGUACAACUGAAAGGGUUCCCACAGCGUCAUCUCUUUAUUUAAAUGCAGAAUUUCAUGAAAUCCCAAACUUUGUGGACUUUUCAACAUUUCUGCUAGAUUCGUUAGCAUCGAAUAACAGUGCCAUAAAAUUCACAUAUAUGCAACCAGAAGAAAGUGCUUUGAAAAAUUUACGUGGUGAAUUUUCCGUGAUAUCGUUUGUUAUUCCAAAAGAGUUCAUCAAAAAUGAAGACAAUGACGAUAAAAGUAUUUUCGGUUUUCUUAGUUCUUUACGUCUGCCAUGGAAUCGUGAACCAUCAAACACUGUCUACUCGCAAUUUCCACCAGUUUUAGAAUAUUUCACGCAACGUAUUCAAGCUUAUUUCUCAAUCUACAAACACACGGAUGAUUCAAGAGUAAAUAACACGAUUGUGUUUAUAGCCCCUGAACUCAAUGAGGCUUCAAGUAAUGUUCUUAGCGACGAAUACUAUGAGACAACGACUGAAACUCAACUGGAAACAUCAACACUUCUAGACGACAUAACAACAGAAUUGAACAACCAUUUGGAAUGA